AUGGUCGACCCUUGCUCAAGAGAAGGUCCCCUCGACCGGCGUCUCGACGAGCGGCCCUGGGUGGUCAAGAGGUGCGACGCGGGCCUGUCGCAAGGAGUGGCGCUGCUCAGCGGCCGGGAGCUGCUCGCUGCCUCCGAGCGCUGGGCGAGCGGCCGGGAGGCCAAGUCGCCCUGGACGGUCGCGCAGGAGUACCUGGAGCGGCCGUAUAUGGGCUUCGGCGGCAGCAAGUUCCACCUGCGCGUCUACGUGCUCGUGACGCGGUGGGCUCCCUCGCCGAGCGUCCUCGUCUUCGACGAAGGCCUGGUCUUCCGGAGCAGGGACCCGUAUCAGCACGACAACCUGUCGGAGGGCCGCGAUAUCCAUCCCGCGCCGCCGCGCAACAACGUCGAGGCCUUUUCGCACGCCACGCUGUGGGCGUCCCUCGACGCCAAGUCCGCGGCGCGCCAGGCGAAGGCCGCCAUCGUGCAGCGGCCGGGUUCCGCCGAGGUGCGCGGGCGCAUGGCCGCGGCCAUCCGGGCCAUCUUCGGGGAGGCGCUGGCGGAGUCGUUCGGGGACCCGGGCGAAACGGACCCGUCGCGGGUGGGCUUCGCCUGCUUCGACCUGUUCGGGCUGGACGUCAUGUUCGACGAGGAGCUGAGGCCUUUCGUCCUCGAAGUGAACCACGGCCCCAACUUGCAGGUCGACGACCGCGGGGAGGAGAGCGAGGGCUUGCUCGGCAGGGUGAAGGCCCCACUGGUGGCGCAGCUGGCGGCGUGGGCCGCGCUGCGCGCUCGAAGGGCUCUGGAGGGCGCUGCGGGCGAGCGGAGGACGGAAGACGAGGCGCUGCUGAGCUUCACGCGCGUCCUGUGA